CUGGGUACAUGCAUGGGCCACAAACUUCGAACUUAGAGGUCGCUGGACAUACACGUACACACGUACAUGUACUGGAAUUAGUCCCAUGAAAACACUCGUUUCAUAAUGUUGUCUCCAUGGUUUUCGUGUUGUAGUAAUACACAGGAGGACAGAGACCGUAAAAAUGUGAAAUAUCUGGUGCACGAUUUGAAAACCUUCGAGGGAAAUGUCCAAAGCUUAUUCGAACUUUCUGCGCACUGCCUGUCCCUAUCUAGGAGUAGGAGGCCUACAUGUAAUAAUGACGAGGUCUGGGAGGAAGCACGGGAAGGUGAUUCUCGAAUAAACUUGGAAUCGGCGCUUUUCCAGCACAAAUCACCGGUUCCCAUGAAGGGACGCCAGACGUACAGAAUGUGGAAAGCCACAGUGGAGCUUAGCACAGGGCUUGUAUUCAAGUCGGACCUGCUGGACAAGCCGAAAACCCUGCAUUUUUGCCCACUGGAGCGAUUCCCACAACCCGUCACAUCUGGGUUUCGGAUUCAAGGUUAUAACCUGGUGCAGUACUUGGUGCACUUCUUGCAGGUUUAUUUCCCUAAUUUGGACAUCAGGAUGGAGUCCGUGCAUGAUAUCAAUCAAGACUUGGAACUGGUAAGCAGGUACCACAGCAAGACGAACAAAAAGCAAUUUUUAGUGACAGACUUGUAUGCAAAGUUGCACAAACUGACAGGCAUUCCAUCGAGCGACUUCGUCCUCGGAUUGACAUGGACGGACCUGUAUCCUAAAGAAGAGUUGAACUUUGUUCUUGGGGAAGCCUCAUUCCGACACCGCUGUGCUGUACUCAGCUUUGGCCGGUAUGAACCCCUGAGCUACAAGAGAAACCAAGGAGAUGAUGAACCUGAAGAAGAAUCGAUUGCUGUUGAUGGAGAUUUGCUGUGGAAACUUCUCAGGGUUGCUACCCAUGAAACCUGUCAUCUCUUUGGCUUGAAUCACUGUGUCUUCUUUAAUUGUUCAAUGAACGAGAGCACUUCUGUUGCCGAAGCCCUAGCCCAACCCCUCAUCCUGUGUCCAGUCUGCCUCCGAAAGAUACAGCGCUUCCUGAAGUUUGGCAUCGUGGAACGAUACCGUAAUCUUCUGAGCGCAUGCCAAUCACUCCAAGAUGCCUAUCCCUCUGAAGGAAUGCAGACCACCGUGGACUGGCUUCGUAGAUGCAUGCAGUUUCUCAGUUGAUUCUCACAUCUUUGCUCUGUAGUUGACCAACUUGGUAAUCACGCUUUGCAGUAACUAGCAGUGGAGUUGGCCAGUGGGCCACUUUUGCUUAUUAGGUCAUUUUACAGUUGUUCCCUGGGCAGUUGCUGCUAAGGAGUGCUUGUCAGCUCACCUGUUAAGUGGAUGUUGGAAGUGUGUGCAAUAAACAAGGCACUUUUUUUCUCAACAUGGAGGGCAUCUGCUCUGAUUUGAACUAGUCAUAUUAGGAAGCCAGGGGUACGUGCAAUUAAAGGCUGUACACGUCAAUUCAAAGAGAAAUUGGACCUGUCUGAUCAGUGCAUUCCGUGCCUAAUGCACAUGAACCUGUGUACACAAACAUUGAGUUUGUUGUAAAGGGCCAUCAUUGCUAUGUAAAAACAAUGCUAUUUCUAUUUGCCAAAAAGUCUGGGCUUGUGGAAAAGGGUUCUUAGUACAUGUACAUGUACAUCUGUGCAAUCCGCAAUACAUCACUUUGGAACAAAAUGCCAUUCAUGAUCUUGCAGUCAUGCGGCGAGUGGUAACCCUAUGGCCUUGCACUGGGUACAUUGGGGUAGACAGGGACAGUUACCUUCAAAUUUCAUAUUAAUUAUGCACAAUGCCAUGCAUGUAGUUCAAGGCAAUGUUGCUUCCCUCACUGAAUUAGCCAUGUACAUGUAGACACCGCUUUCAAAGCUUCUUCAGAUCAAAGAUAAACUUUUAACUACGGUUUCUUUAUAAUAAACAUGUUCAAGAGUUCACAGAAUGUAAACGGUUAUUUUCAAUUAUCCUUCCUUUGGUUUUACAGCACAAAUAUGCACCAGUGUCACGAGUCACUCUUUCGCAUGUGUUUUCUAUCUG